AUGUCCAAACUGUUGAAGAAAGUCAAGGAUGGCAAGGAAAAAGUCAAAGGGAAACUCUUCAAGAAAGACGGAUCAUCGCAAAAUCAGCAAAGCCAGCCUCUUGCAGGCGGGUCAUUAACUGUCGCACCCACGCUGCCACCGUCAAGCCAAGAAACGGGUCUCGAUACCGUUUGGAAUGGCGUUUUGAACCUGCUGAGUGUUGCUAAAGAGACUCUGGAUGUUGUCCCGGUCCCUGGACUCAAGAGCGCGGUCGGCGGCUUCCUCGAAGUAGUUAACCAGCUGAAACAAGUCAGUGGCAACGCUGGUGCAAUUC